GGAGCCGCGUGUUUAAUGGAACAGCCCGGCGGUCGGUGGGUCUGGAAGCGUGAAAUUCACCGAAUAAUCUGAAACCCAGGCUAGAUGAGCGAUUCCGAACAUCCCGUGGAGAAGGAGAAUUCCACUCCUGAAGCCUCCUGGCCGGAGGAUGGUGGUCAGUGGAGUGAUGGGGAAGGUGGAGAGCUGGAGGAGUCUGACCUGCUUCAGGAGGUGGUGGAGGAGGAUGAGGAGAUUGACCUCUACAAUGAAGAAACCUUUGGAUUAGAUCUUAGUGCAGAAGAGCUAGAAGCAGACCAGAUAGACCUUCUGUUUGUCCAUGAUGACAAGCCCCCAUCACCACCAGCCUCACCCCCACCAACCCAGAGCGUGCCAUCCCCACCCAGGCCUAAACCACAAAUCCAGCCCAGGACUCCAGCAAGCCCAGCUGAUAAAACCAGGAUCCGGAGGGAGAGACCAGGUCAGAGGCAGCUGUUUGAUGAUCCAGCUGUGAUGAGGACUGUUGAAGGUCCGCCCAGCAUAAAGAGCUUGGACAGUGCAAUUGUGGACUGUGGGCGGAGCUCCUUCUGGGGGGAUCUUAAUGCAAAUACAUGGAUGAUGCAGCCUUAUGGCACACCGACCAGACGCACACCAGUGUCCAUUUAUCAGGACCAAGCGAUUGUGGGAGUAAUUGACAAGUCAGCUCGGGGUAGAAUGCCAUAUGGAUCCCCUGUCCUGCGAUCCCCGCUGCAUCCUGUGGGCCACAGGGGGCUUCCUAAGCAGGUACCAUUGUCUCCUUUGGUGUCUAGUCCUUUGCGUCCUCAUAGUCCCUUCUCCAUUAAGCAGCGUUACAAUCAGUCAGGAGUUUUUCUUUCACCCUCCCGUCCUCGUUUCCACUCCCCACAACCACUUACACCAAAAAUGAUGCAAGUCAGGUUUGGGCCCAACUCACCACGGCCUGGCCCUUGCUACAGCCCUUUCUCAGCUCCAAUCCAGCAAUUCAGGCUACCUGUGCUGGCGACACAGCUCCACCCACAGCACAAGCGACUUCUGAACCAGCGCCCACUGGGUCCCUGCAGAAAGUCAAAGAGUUGGGACCUAUACGCUGAGAUAAUGUCUGCCAAAGAGAAAGAGUGGGUCAUCAGACUGCAAAUGAUGCAGCUCCAGAGUGAAAAUCCGUAUCAGGACGACUACUAUUACCAGGAGUAUUAUCGGCGAAUGGAGGUUAAACUGGCUGAAGAAGAAAUGCUGGGUGACCGCUCAAAGAGGGAACCGCCUAAACUCACCACGCCGUACGUCACCAAAACCGUAUCCUACACUCCAGUGGUCCACAUUGAGGGUUCACUGGGUCAGGUUGCGGUGUCUACGUGUUACUCCCCACGCCGAGCCAUAGACGCUGUCCACGUGCACGCCCCUGAGGAGCAAAAAGAUACCAGGCAGCAGAGGCUGGAGGUGCUGAACAUUAUUGAGAAGUGUUACGUCAUUCUGUUGGGGGUGGAGGAAGCGGAGAGGACGAAAGCAACAGUGUCUGAUGAGGAAGAGAAGAAGAGGCUGAUGAAGACCAUGCAGAGAGGACUGGAGGAAAUAAACAGCCAGCUACACAGCUCCAGCGCACUAGAAUCCACAGAGGAGUUUCUGCAGUGUCUCCUGCUCUCGAAAGGGAAGAGGCUGCUGGCCAGACUGCUGCCCUUCCUGACACAGGAGGCAGCCCGGCACAUCCUGACAGUCAUCACGACACACCUGCCAGCACUGAUGAGCAGAGACAUAGAUGAGGCACUUCCGAUUCUGUACCCAUCUCUUCGAGCUGUGAUCAACACCCUCACCUUUACCCAGCUGGUCUCUAUUCUCCAGGACUUCACCUCUGACUUGCCUGACUCUAAAGACUCACGGUUGACCUUGGCCUGCCAAAAUAAGUUUGGGCUGUCUUUGCUGUAUGCCUUGCUGUCUCAAGGUGAAAGACUCCUCACGUCAGAUGUUCCCAUGGAGCCCAGCAUUGGAGACUUUGAGACCUGGACGGACACAGUGUUUCACGUUGCACGGCAGCUCUCCCGGACAUCGCUGGUGGAGCCCCUUUUCCUGCCCUCAAACCUGCUCACGCUAUUUUGCCGGUACUUGGACAAGCGGACGGUCCAGCAGCUGAAGAACAACAUGGAGUCGUCUGCAGGUUAUCUGGCUGUAGGCUCAUGAGGGGCAUUGUCCCCACCCUGUUUCCCUCCUGUUUUGUCUUUUUAUUUGACUGGUCAGUCCUGUCCAAUUGUAUAGACUCCCACCACACUCAACACUAGAUCAGACUCUCCUCUGCCCAAUAAAUUCUUAGCCAUGUAAUAUUCACAGCCGCCACUAAGUGGCAAUACUUGAUCAGCUGUUUUUCAUUUGCCAAGCAGUCUGGUCAUAGACUGCAGUGGUAGAAAUUCACUCUUUAUUUAUAGAUUAACUGAUGAGCUAAAAGGUGGAGUAUACAGGGAUUGAUUACGCUUCACAUUUAUUUGGGGUUUUUCAUGAAAAAAUGCAAGUUAUCUCUAUGAAGUUUUCUUUAUUGGAAUAGAAAGUUAAUUUCUAUAUCUGUAUAUUUUUGUAAUGCAAAUUUACAGCACUGUAUGCUAUUUUUUUUAUUUAUUGUAUCUUUAUUUAAGCACUUGAUUGAUGUAUAGCAUUAGCAAAACCAAAAAAAUAAAUAAAUGCAAUUUCAAAAAUGUACUUUUA